GAUUCGUGCUGCGCGGGUGACAGGCGCAGUUCCUCUUCUUGUUUGAUAGCGUUCCGCACUCAACACACGGACACUUUUGAUUAAUUUAACUGUACGCUGUGCAGCUUUUGCAACAUAUACGAAGACGUUGUAAAGAGUUAAAGCCUAUUUGCUAUCCAGAAGACUCUGCUCUAGGGUAACCUGUGUUGUUGGCCAGAGGAUCUCUCCCCGUGAGGAGGAGUCUGCUGCUGUUGCUGGGUUGGUGACCAUGUCAGCCUCCGCUCUCAUCCACCUGGCCCGGUCGGGGGGGACUCAGGCCAUGCGACAGAGGGGUUUCCUCCAGACAGCCCUAGUGAGUGUCCUACCCCUGCAGGAUGACCUCCCCCUCCAACGGCCUCUCCACCUGGGCCUGCUGCGGGCCAGCAACACGCGCUUCGACCCGGACAGCAGCGGCAAGCCCACCACCUGGGACUCGUUCGGCAUCUGGGACAACCGCAUAGAUGAGCCCAUCAACCUGUCGCCCUCCAUCAAGUACGGCAAGCCCAUCCCCAAGGUCAGCCUGUCCAAGGUGGGCUGCGCCUCGCUCAUCGGCCACCGGCGGGAGAACGAGGACCGCUUCCAGGUCUCCCAGAUGACAGACAAUAUCCUCUACUUUGCCGUGUUCGACGGCCACGGAGGGCCUGAGGCAGCAGACUUCUGCGACAAGUACAUGGAGAAGUACAUUAAGGAUCUUGUAGCAGAGGAGGACAAUCUGGAAGUUGUUCUUACUAAAGCAUUCCUUGAACUGGACAAAGCCUUGGCAAGACACCUCCACUUCUUCCCUCAUGUGGUGAGCGCUGGCUCCACGGCCACGGUGGCCCUGCUGAGGGACGGUAUAGAGCUGGUGGUGGGCAGCGUGGGGGACAGCCGCGCCAUGCUCUGCCGCAAGGCCAAGGCCCUCAAACUCACCUCGGACCACACCCCCGAGAGGAAGGACGAGAAGGAGAGAAUAAAGAAGAGCGGUGGCUGGGUGACCUGGAACAGUCUGGGGCAGCCCCAUGUCAACGGCAGGUUAGCCAUGACACGCGCCAUCGGGGACUUUGACCUCAAGAGCACCGGGGUGAUCGCUGAGCCAGAGACCAAGAGAAUAUCACUGCAUCACGUCCACGACUCAUUCCUGGCGCUGACCACAGAUGGCAUAAACUUCAUCAUGAACAGCCAGGAGAUCUGUGAUGUCAUCAACCAGUGCCACGACCCCAAAGAGGCCGCCCAGAGGAUCUCAGAGCAGGCGCUUCAGUAUGGCUCAGAGGACAACAGCACCAUUAUCGUGGUUCCCUUCGGAGCCUGGGGGAAACAGAAGAACUCAGAGACCAGCUACUCCUUCAGCCGCAGCUUCGUGUCCAGCGGCCGCUGGGCCUAAACAGGUGGACCCGGGUAGUCAUUAGUACGAAGUUACACCUAGACACUAAUCUAGUGUCAGUUUAUGUUUCCCACCCCUACUGGUGAAGGUUAGGGCUGGGGGAGCGUAAUCUGAUCUGAGCUCUGUGGUUAUGGAUAACUUAUCAAAGCAGACUUAAAGGGAAGGGGAAUGGGGAGGGAGAUUCCUGUGGACCUUAUCGAUGUGCAAUAGUCUCCACACAACGCGGCCAGUUCAAGACAUGCAGGGGAAAAGCACAGCUAACCAAGAACCGAUGCCUUAGGAACAAUGACAUGCCAUUUUACAGAUACUAAUCCCGUAGUUUUGAGCCUGUUCUACAGAAAGGCUUUUGACUCAUUAUGUGCACUUAACAAGGAACACGUCCUUUUCACUUCCUCUAAAAUCGCUGCCUAUUCCCUAUGUAGUGCACUACUUUUGACCGCCAAACGUAGUGCCCUACAUAGGGAAUUAGGUGCCAUUUUGGACGCAAACAAGGUUGCAGUAGAAAGCCAUCGACUUGGUGGGAGCUUGAAGCUUAAGAACUUACCUUAUUCUUCAUUGUGUGUAAGUGAGUUUGCAUUGUGCCAAGUAAGGCAAACCAGACGUUAAUUAGCUUUGUGAACUUGGGGGAAAGUGCUUCUUACUUGCAUGUCAUGGAGAAUGUUUUGGUAGGAAGUUAUUCUGAGAAAUCAACAACGCACUUUUUUUUAUUUCCAGAUGAUGUUGAACUAAUUUGUUUCAAUGCGUCUAGUUCAUCCGCUGUACUUGUUAGUGGAUAUCACUGUGCUGUGGUGCUGCUUUAUUUAGUUCUGAACAACAGUUUUAGUCUGUCGUCUCUUCGCGUGAAGCACUUGUCAGUAUUGAGUUCAGGACAAACUUCUCAGAAUGGGGAUUUUGGGUACAGUAAGGCGCUGCUUAUAGUACAGGGUUAUCAUUGACCAAUAUGUACAAAUUCAUAUCCGUCUAAUAGGAAAACACUCACACGCACUGCAGUCAAGACGUGUUAAAGGACCACUAUUUGAUUCUCUGCGUUUCUAUAAUUUCAGCAUGGUAGAAGGAAAAGCUGUGUGUAGAUACUGUAAUACACAGAGAAAGAGAGCCAGCCAAAUGAUGGCAAAAGCCCAAAGUCUUGUAAUAGAUGGGCACAUGCAGUAUGGAAUGUAAUGUGUUAGUUCUCCCUGUUCUACAAUCAUAUUGGGCCCUCGGGAGCCACAGAAUGCAUUGAUGCCCCAGUUGCACAAGCCUUAAAGAUGCAGUCCUAGAUCUUAAGCACUUAGAAAUUCGUAACAUAUUGUACGAUGACUUUGUUCACAAUUGUGUACAAUCUUCAGUGACCCGUUUUGGCUCGUGAUCACUUCUUUCAAAACUACUGGGUGAGAUUAUGCAAAGGCUUUGGAGCAUCACUUUGAGGUAAAGCUAUAGAGAAUAUCUAUUGAGCUGUGUUCUAAUGGUACUUAGUAGUUUAGUGUAAACACAGUUCAUGGUCGUUUGGCUCGAAAACGACUUCAACCCAUAGCAUUCCAAAAGAUGAUCUUUAUUGACAACAAACAGGUCGAACAACUUACCCCGGGAGAGCCUUUGUUUAUUUUGGUGAUAGGGACUUGGAACAACAGGAAAAAAGUGUAAAAUGGUGUAUAUCUGAUAAACAUACAGUCAUUUAAGAUGUUCUCAACUUGGGUACAGAAGUCAUUUGUAUUUUGUGAGUUUUGUACAUAGUUAUAUUUAUGUAUAUGUUUUGAUUGCAGGAAAACCGUCAGUGUACUAUUGUUAAGUGUUACAGUUCAAAUAUAUUACAUUUUUUAGGAAAGAAAUCUAAAAUUGCUCACUUACUAUUUUAUAGUUUGUCCCUUGUCCUAUAGUUGUUGAAAUGAAUUGGCUAAAAUAUCACUUGUAUUGCACUUGUAAUCAAAUAUACUUUUUCAUAGGGAACCUUUAUAUGCAACAAUGAACGAAGGAGACAGCUAACCAACAAAUAUGUGAAAUGUGAAUGUCUGUAUUAAAAUGCCGUCAGUGACUCAAAUGCAAGGAUUUGUAGAACAACUUGAUGUAAAAAUAGAGCACAAACAGGGAUCCAAGCUAACCACAACUUGACUGUAAUUUGCAUGGAUAUCUCACUUAUUGUGCUUCCAGGUUGUUAUAAAUAAUGUAACCCUGCGUUGAUGUGCAUUAAAGCCACAGUUGAAUUUUUUUGCUGUCUAUCCAAGUCAGGAAUACUUAUGUCCAUGUAACAGCUAUACUGUUAAAUAUUACCGUUAUAAUGUGAUCAUCUACAAUCCAUGAAUGUACCUAUCCACCAUUUUAGGUUUCCCUCGUAGACCGUUUGUUUAUGUUUGUCCGUUCUCUCACGAUGUGAACAUUUAUUUAUCCUCCGUUUGUAAUGAGUAUUAGUUUCCUCUGAGUUCUCAUAACUAAAAUCUUGCAUACUAAGUAUCUCACCAGCCUUCCUACAUGUUUGUUGGUUUUAUUAUGUCUGUAUUUUACUUCAGAUUGUUCAUGUUGUAUACUGUAGUGCAGGGAUCAUCAACCAGAUUCAGCUGGGGGCUGAUUGUUAUCGUGAGCGUAUUGGUGGGGGGGGACAUAAUUACAAAUAAUUCGUAGUCUGCAAAUUGACCGCAAGAAUAUGUUGGGGGAAUAUGGGGGGGGGGGGUGGAAUAUAAUUACAAAUAAUUCGACAUCUGCAAAUUGACCGCAAGAAUAUGUUUGACUAAAACAUGAUUGCAAACCUUCCUUAAAUUAAAAUCACUUGGAGCUGUUUUCAUGGUGUUUGUACAGUCUAUGUUCAACAAUGACAAUAACCCUGCUGUAGUGUAUGAAACCAUAUUCAGCUGAACCUCUGUGUGCCUAUUCCUAUCAACUCUUCUGACUGUCUAGCUCUAGUACAUGUUGUACUGUCAACACUGACUUAAUGGACUGUCACUCCUAUUCUCGCAUGCCGUUGAUGUCCAUGUGGUCGACCGUUGAAUAUUUAUCCAAAUAAAUAAUUAAAACGUUUUUUUUUAAAUCUUCA